AUGUGCCGGGGUGGACGGACGCAGAACGCCUUGAGCCCCGCGGAGCCUGAGGGUGACAGCUCCAUCAUGGAGGUGUCCUACACGGACGGCUACCCACAUAACACUACUCCGCACAACAAUGGACUGGACUCGACCCGUGUCAACGACACGCAGCUGCUGAUCACCGAGCUCCGGCUCUUCCGCGAAGAGAUACGCGCGAUGAGCCAGGAAAUUCACGGUCUUCGCACAUCCCUGGAGAGACUGACAGUCAGGAUCGACGGCUGCGAUGGGCGGAUCAACGGCUGCGAGGGGCGCAUCAACAUGCUCUCUGCCCGUGUUGAUUCGUUAGAGAGCAGGCCUCAGUCGAACGACACUGCCUCCGACAACUCUCUCGUCGAAACCGUAUCGCAGCUUAGGAUGGAGCUCAGUGACCGCGACCAAGAGUUGUUACUAAAUGAUAUAGAAAUAUCUAGUGUGCCGGAAAGUAGGGGCGAAAACGCUAUGCAUUUGGUGACAGCCUUGGGCAAGAAGUUGGGGGUUGAACUCACCGAGAGCGACAUCGUUGACGUCACGCGUGUGGGGCGCGCGCCUCAGCUGGAGGAUGGUCUCCACGGGCCGGCAGCGCGGCCGCGGCCGCUUGUGGUGCGCCUUGUGCGUCGUGCCGUCAGGGAUCGCCUGCUCCAGGCUGCGCGGGUGCGCCGCGAUGCCACCACGGAAGGAACUGGUAUCCCUGGACGAACCUGCACCUUCUACGUCAACGAGCGGCUGACUCCCCACAACCGACGUCUCCUAUACAAGGCUCGGGAGUUGAAGCAGCAGCACUCCUGGAGGUACGUCUGGACCCGGGACGGAAAAAUAUUCGCACGGCGGCAGGCGGACUCAGGUUCGCCCCGACACCGCAUUCGCACUGAACUAGACUUAGAUCGUGUUUUUGGCUCAAGAUAG